UCUGAGGGUCGGACGGUAUAUUUUAGCGAUAAGUCCGCGGUCACACUGAAAAGAUUUUUCAUUGAUAACUGCUUAAACAAAUUCGAUCGAGCGUUUAGACCGUUACAUUUGAAGAGCCACAAAAGACCUCGACAAUGUCCAACCUGAGGAAAUUCCAAGACGAGGACCGCGAGUCCGAGUACGGUCGUGUCUACGCCGUUUCGGGACCUGUCGUCACCGCCGAGGCCAUGUCCGGUUCUGCCAUGUACGAGCUGGUGCGCGUCGGUUACUACGAGCUGGUGGGCGAGAUCAUCCGUCUGGAGGGCGACAUGGCCACCAUUCAGGUGUACGAGGAGACCUCUGGCGUGACUGUCGGCGAUCCCGUCCUGCGCACAGGAAAGCCUCUGUCCGUGGAGCUGGGCCCUGGCAUAAUGGGCAACAUUUUCGAUGGCAUCCAGCGACCGCUGAAGGACAUCGGUGUGAUGACCAACUCCAUAUACAUCCCCAAGGGCGUAAACACCACGGCAUUGUCCCGCACGACAAUGUGGGAAUUCAAUCCACUGAACGUACGUGUCGGAUCGCACAUCACCGGCGGCGACGUGUACGGUGUGGUGCACGAGAACACCCUCGUAAAGCAGCGCAUGAUCGUGCAUCCGCGGGCCAAGGGAACAGUGCGUUAUAUUGCCCCCGCGGGCAACUACAAUUUGAAAGACAUUGUCCUCGAGACGGAGUUCGAUGGGGAGAUCACGAAACACACGAUGCUGCAAGUGUGGCCGGUGCGACAGCCCCGUCCCUGCACCGAGAAGCUGCCAGCCAAUCAUCCGCUGUUUACAGGCCAACGUGUCCUGGACUCCCUUUUCCCAUGUGUUCAGGGUGGCACAACCGCUAUCCCCGGUGCCUUCGGUUGCGGCAAGACUGUCAUCUCGCAGGCCCUCUCCAAGUACUCCAACUCUGAUGUCAUCAUCUACGUCGGCUGCGGCGAGCGAGGCAAUGAAAUGGCCGAGGUGCUGCGGGACUUCCCCGAACUGACCUGCGAAGUCGAUGGCGUGACCGAAUCAAUCAUGAAGCGUACCGCCCUGGUGGCCAAUACCUCCAACAUGCCUGUGGCUGCCCGUGAGGCCUCCAUCUACACCGGUAUCACCCUCUCCGAGUACUUCCGUGACAUGGGCUACAAUGUGGCAAUGAUGGCUGACUCCACUUCCCGUUGGGCCGAGGCCUUGCGUGAGAUUUCAGGUCGUCUGGCUGAGAUGCCUGCCGAUUCCGGCUACCCAGCGUAUCUGGGUGCCCGUCUGGCCACCUUCUACGAGCGCGCUGGACGCGUCAAGUGCUUGGGUAACCCCGAGCGCGAGGGUUCCGUCUCCAUUGUCGGUGCUGUGUCGCCUCCUGGUGGUGACUUCUCCGAUCCCGUGACCUCUGCCACUCUGGGCAUAGUGCAGGUGUUCUGGGGUCUGGACAAGAAGCUGGCCCAGCGCAAGCAUUUCCCCUCCAUCAACUGGCUCAUUUCCUACUCGAAGUACAUGCGGGCCCUCGAUGACUAUUACGACAAGAACUUCCCCGAGUUUGUGCCACUGCGUACCAAGGUCAAGGAGAUCCUGCAAGAGGAGGAGGAUCUUUCGGAGAUUGUGCAGCUGGUGGGCAAGGCAUCGCUGGCCGAGACCGACAAGGUGACGCUGGAGGUGGCCAAGCUGCUGAAGGACGAUUUCCUGCAGCAGAACUCAUACUCGCCAUACGAUCGCGUGUGUCCCUUCUACAAGACUGUGGGCAUGCUGCGAAACAUACUCUCCUUCUACGAGACGGCCCGUCAUUCUGUGGAGUCGACAGCUCAGUCGGACAACAAAAUCACAUGGAACACCAUUCGUGAAUCGAUGGGCAGCAUUAUGUAUCAGUUGUCUUCAAUGAAAUUCAAGGAUCCCUUGAAGGAUGGCGAGCAAAAGAUCAAAGCGGACUACGACCAGUUGUACGAGGAUAUACAGCAGGCCUUCCGAAACCUGGAGGAUUAAACAGGAUUAACAAUCAAUAGAGCAAGGCAAAAAAGAAAACCGGACGAAAUAAGUAACCAAAAAGUUAGGUUUUUAUUCGAAUUCCUUCCCCCCAUUCAAUCUAGUCAUAUAUACAUAAUGCAUAAUAAGAUAUUUGAGACCCCAGUUUAUUUUAUAAGUUAAACAGUUUAUCCUCUGGAAUCGAAUCACAUGAGAAAACAAACACAAAGACGACGACAAGUUUAGGCAAGACGAACAAUAAUUAGUCGGUAGCGCAAAAAGAAAACAAAUACAGACAAAAUAAAAAAAGGGAAGCCAGCCCCAGAUAUACGAUUACUAAAAAUGCCAUACAUAUAAUGAUACAUAUGUAUAAUCUAAUCUAUCUAUGUUGAUAAAUAAUUAUAGUUCGCAGCUAUUUAUUGUUAGAGAAAAUUCAUUACUUUAUCGACUUUUGUGUUCGUUGUCCCCAUUAUGUGAAAAAUCUACGAAACAAAACUAACAUUUACAAGAAAAGAGUUGAAUACAUUACGAAAUUAUAAUAAUAUUA